AUGUGUACAGAUUGUGUUUGUUCAGCCAGUUGCGGUGAAGCAGUCGAGGGCAAGAAAAGACGUGCCUGUAAGAAUUGUACUUGUGGAUUGGCAGAACAGGAGGAAGCGGAAAAAAUAGCUCAACCUCGUAGCAAGGGAUGUGGCAAUUGUGCACUGGGUGAUGCUUUCCGUUGUGCGACCUGCCCCUAUCUAGGUAUGCCACCAUUCAAGCCUGGAGAAACGAUCAAACUGGAUACAGUUGAUGAUUUCUGA